AGCACAUGCUUUGUUGUUGUGCCGAAGACAAGAAAGCCCGCGAAGCGAAGGUUCAGGAUUUUUCUUGGAAUUUGUUCUAAAAUGGAGACAGAAUUAAUGAAAAUAGUUCGCCUGGAAUACGUGAAACUCCGUGAAAAUGCGCAGCAACAGAAGAAAGAUUCUUGCAAGAGAUACUUUACGGCAAACCGUCAAAAAAUACGCGAACAGUUGAAGAAAAGAAGUCAAAUAAGCAAAGUCGUCUCAUCUUGUCCUUUGGCUCCGGCAACCAUCUCUGCAGAUCAAACACAUGCUGCAACCAAAAAGUGUAGCGUUGUUAGUGGCUUCAAUCAUCCAACUCAGCACACUUUACUAAGAACCAUGCCUUAUGUACAUCCAAUACCUCAGUUUUUCACCUGGUCACUCCUGCAGCAAAACUUUAUGGUAGAAGAUGAGACUGUUUUGCAUAAUAUUCCUUACAUGGGUGAAGACGUUCUUGAUCAAGAUGGGUCAUUUAUAGAAGAACUUAUCAAGAACUAUGAUGGAAAAGUACACAAUGCACAUGUGUUUGAUGAGUACACCCUGACAGACAGCUUGCUGGUUGAAUUGAUUGACAGUGUCAUGAAAACUCUAAAAGAUAAACAAACUGAAAAGAGUAGUGGAGGUAAGGAAAGUGAAGAAGAACAAUUUACUCCAAUGGAAACAACAUCUUCAGGAAAAAGUGACCCACCAGACAACAAAAAGAAAGAGAAGACUAAAUCAGAUUCACCUCCAGAUGAAGUUUUUCAAACUAUUGUAAACAUGUUCCCAGAAAAAUCCUGGACCAUCGAAGACAUCAAAAAUAGGUAUUUUGAAGAAGUCAAUCGCAAUAAAGGUCUUCUUCCUCCUGAGUGUACACCAAACAUUGACAGCCCAGAAGCCCAGUCAGUGUCCAGAGAACAGAGCUUGCAUUCUUUCCACAUGUUGUUUUGCCGCCGAUGUUACAAAUAUGAUUGUUUUAUGCAUGGUUGGAAGCCCUUGCCAAACUUAGCAAAAAGAAAGAGCCCCGUUGAUCUACCAGAAUCUUCUCCAUGUGGAACUGACUGCUACAUGCAUCUGAAGAGUACUGGUAGUCCUGUCAACUCACCUGGCAAACCUGAAGUCACGCCCAGAAAAAGAAGCAGAGGAAAGAGUAAAUCAGGCACCCAGCAACAAGGUGGUUCUACCCCUGUAGCUAGUCCUUCCAAACCUGAUUCUCAACCAUUGUUGGAUUCACCCGAGUGGACUGGAGCUGAGUUGUCACUUUUCCGUGUACUCCGAACUGUGUAUUUCAAUAAUUACUGCACAAUAGCCAAUUUGAUUGAAAGCAAGACCUGUAAAGAGGUUUAUCAACACGCACAAGUUGAAUUAACCGAACCACUUCCUAUGACAGAUGACCAAACCAAUACCCCACCCAGAAAACGAAAACGAAAGCACAGGAUGUGGUCACUUCAUUGUCGCAAGAUUCAACUAAAAAAGGACAGCACAUCAACUCAUGUAUACAACUAUAUCCCAUGUGACCAUCCUGGGCAGCCAUGUGACCAAACGUGCAUCUGUGUGAUGACACAGAACUUCUGUGAGAAAUUCUGUCAGUGUAACAAUGAGUGCCAGAACCGUUUCCCUGGCUGUCGUUGUAAGGCACAGUGUAACACCAAACAGUGUCCAUGUUUCUUGGCCGUCAGGGAGUGUGACCCUGAUCUCUGUGUGACUUGUGGAGCCGACAAUUUCGAGGAAAACGCAGAGAUCUGCUGCAAGAAUGUUAGUCUUCAACGAGGAAUGAGAAAGCAUAUGUUGUUAGCACCAUCGGACGUGGCUGGCUGGGGUAUUUACAUCAAGGAAGCCUGCAAGAAAAACGAUUUCAUUGGAGAAUAUUGCGGAGAGGUUAUUUCACAAGACGAAGCUGAUAGGCGUGGCAAAGUUUACGAUAAAUACAUGUGUAGUUUCUUGUUCAAUCUCAAUAAUGACUUUGUUGUCGAUGCUACUCGUAAAGGCAAUAAGAUCCGAUUCGCAAAUCAUUCCAUCAGCCCCAACUGCUAUGCUAAAGUAAUGAUGGUUAAUGGUGAUCACCGCAUUGGAAUAUUCGCAAAACGUGACAUAGAAAAAGGAGACGAGUUGUUCUUCGAUUACCGAUACAGCGCCACUGAUGCUCUAAAGUUCGUGGGUAUUGAACGAGAUGUGGAGUUUGCUGUCCGAUAAAGCCCCUGUCUGUCUGUCAUGUUGGAGUCAUAGAUAUCUGUCAACGCAUGCGAGAUAAAAUCUCUGCUUGUCUUUCUGUCUGUUUGAUUGUCUGUUUGAUUGUCUGUCUGUCUGUCUGUCUGUCUGUCUUUACUCUUGUCCCAGGAAUUUGCUUUAAAUUAACAAUAUUGAUUCCUGUGUGAACCACUCUAACGACAAUCGAGUGUUGUCAGGUCGUAUCGCUUCCCAACUCUUGAUUGUCAUAGCACAUUCUUCCUUGACAAAGAUGUGAAUUAAACAAAUUCACCAAGUCACAGAGCCAAGAUACAUCACAUAAAUGUAUUUUAUAUUGCUAUCACUUGAUUUGCUUAGCACUAACAUAUUACUAUUUUACUUCAAACUCUUAUUAAAAAUUGAUUUUCAAAAA